AUGCCCCGGACAGCACAGCCGGCGCCGCGCGCCAGCCUCGCAUCGUUUCGCGAUAUCACCGCCGCGCGCCACCACACUCCUCGUACCUCCCGCGAGGCGUCGUCUUCGCGGCGCGCGCGGCUGGCGUUGCGCGGCACACUGCCCCGCAACACUCACUUCUCGCGCCCUCGCAGCGCCCGACCCCGCGCGCGCCCGGGCCCCGCGUUCGCAGGGAGCAAGGGACCGGCCACGGCGUUCCUCGUCGGCACGGGCCCCGGCGACCCCGGCCUCCUCACGCUGCGCGCGGUCCAGCUCAUGCAGCGCGCAGACGUCGUGCUGUACGACCGCCUCGUGUCGGACGAGAUCCUCGACCUGGUGGGCGAGGACGCGACGAUGGUGUACGUGGGGAAGGAGAAGGGCUUCCACUCGCGCACGCAGGACGAGAUCCACGCGCUGAUGCUGCAGUUUGCUGGGGAGGGCGGCACCGUCGUGCGGCUCAAGGGCGGCGACCCGUACGUGUUCGGCCGCGGGGGCGAGGAGCUGCGGUACCUGGAGGAGCGCGGCGUGCACGUGCAGUGCGUGCCGGGCAUCACGGCCGCCUCGGGCAUCUGUGCAGAGCUGGGUAUUCCGAUGACGCACAGGGGCGUGGCGUACAGCGCGCGGUACCUGACGGGGCACUCGCGGGAGGGGGCGGAGGAGGAGCUCCAGGCGGCCACGGCGCUCGCUGCGGACCCGUACACGACGCUCGUGGUGUACAUGGGCCUCGGGAGCCUCCCGAGCCUCGUCGACCGCCUGACGCAGUCGGGCAUGCGGCCGGACACCCCCGCGGUGGCCGUGGAGCGCGGCACGCUCCCGGAGCAGCGCACGGUGUUCGCGCCGCUCAGCGAGCUGCACGCGUGCGUCGCGGACGCGCAGCUGAAGUCCCCCACGCUGCUCAUCAUCGGCGACGUGGUUGCUCUGUCGCGCGGGUGGGAGGACCACCGCGGCGGGGGCGUCGUCGAGGGGCGCUGGGUGAGCAGGGAGCAGGCGGGGGAGUUCGGGCAGGGCGAGGGCUGGCUCGACGUGAUUGCGGAGGCGGAGGCCGCGCAGCGGCGCAGAGGCAGCGAGAGCGCCUCACAGGGAGAGGCGUGGCCGAUGUGA